GAGGGCGUGGAGGGGGGGAAGCGGAAACUUUCCUAUAAAACUCAGCAAAAGUCCCUCCUCUCCACGUCAGGCCAAUGACACUGCUGCCCCCAAACUUUCCGCCAGCAGGAGCUAUAAGAACCUCCAAGUCUUCAACUUUCUCCCAAUCCCAGACACCUCGAAGGGGCUCCAAGGAGGGAUCGGGAGGGAUAUUUUUUUUUGGUUGGCCUUUUUAUUUUUUUCCUCUUGGAUCCUGAUGCCAUCCCCCCUCCCCCCAAAGUGAGGUCCUCCCUCCUUCCUUCCCUCCUCCUUCUCCUCGCAGGCCAGCGAAGCAGCCGAUCAAGGGGGAGCUGGCGGGUUAGGUGCCCCCCUCUUCUCCCUGCCCUCCCCCCCCUCCCGGCCCGCUUCUCGCGUCUCCCCCCAGAGAUGAUGCAGCAGGACGAGUCAAACUCGCCAGUCUCCCCCGCCGACGACAGCUUGAGCAACAGCGAAGAGGAGCCGGACCGGCAGCAGCUGCCCAACAACAAGAGAGGGGGGCGCAAGCGCCGCUCCAGCCGCCGCAGCGCCGGCGGCGCCGUCGGGGCCGCGGACGAGCCCUGCAGCCCGGCCCAAGGCAAGCGGGGCAAGAAGUGCGGGGCGGGCGGGGGCGGCGGGGGCGGCGGAAGCAGCAGCGGCGGCGGCAGCCCCCAGUCCUACGAGGAGCUGCAGACCCAGCGGGUCAUGGCCAACGUGCGGGAGCGGCAGCGCACGCAGUCGCUGAACGAAGCCUUCGCCGCCCUGCGGAAGAUCAUCCCCACGCUGCCCUCGGACAAGCUGAGCAAGAUCCAGACCCUCAAGCUGGCGGCCAGGUACAUCGACUUCCUCUACCAGGUCUUACAGAGCGACGAGCUGGACUCCAAGAUGGCAAGCUGCAGCUAUGUGGCCCACGAGCGGCUCAGCUACGCCUUCUCGGUGUGGAGAAUGGAGGGCGCCUGGUCCAUGUCCGCAUCCCACUAGCAGGCGGCGUCCCCCACCCGCAUCCCCCCGGCAGGAGCCCUAGAUGACAUUGCUCCCACAGAAGGAGAGAAUGGACAAUCUAGAGACUCUGAAGUUGGAUACGAUUUUUUUUGAUCUUGUCUAACAAAAAAUGUACCAAGGAUUUCUUGGAAAUUAGAAGAGUAAUAUCCAAAUUCAAAGCAGGGCGUGGGGAGCACUUAAGGAAAGAGAAAGAGAGAAAGGCUUUGGACAGUGACUACCCUCUGGGCGUCGGUACAAUCCACACAUCUCUGCAUUCUGAUAGAAGUCUGAAUCGUUCGAUUUUUUUUUUUUUUUUUAAUUUUGACGAAGAAUGUUGGAAUUGAACUUUUUUUUUUUAUUUGCCCUUUUUUUUUUUUUUUGCAUGCAUGCAUUCCCAAGAGGUCGUGCCUAUGAGCCACUGAUGAAAGGAAAUACAUUAUUGUGGACUUUCUUCGUUCUUGAAUGAAACCAAGCAGCCAACCAAAAAUAUCCCUGUAGAGAUGAAAACCCUUUUUUUUUCUUUUUUUUCUUUUUUUUUUUUUUUUUUUAGGGGGGAAUAAACUGGGCUUAAGCUGUUAUAUACCCGGUUCCUAACUUUUUUAUUAUUAUUAUUUUUCCUCUGAGAAAAAAAUAAACAUUUUAUUUAUUUAUUGAUGACCCAUGUUAAAAUGCAAAUAGAUCCGGUGUCUAAAUGCAUUCCUAUUUUUAUGAUUGUUUUGUAAAUAUCUUUGUAUAUUAUUUUUCUGCAAUAAAUAAAUA